CGAUUAGUUUUGUCUGUGCGCACUGUGCUCUGGUGAACAUGCUACAUACAGGAAACUGAAGAGUGUCUGAUUUUCUUCUUUUUCUCCGUGUUUUUGAGAAUUAAUCUUUCUUUACAGCAGUGACGAUGCUGCCUCUGAAGGAGAAGGACAAAGCCAUCGUCCAGAAGCUGCUGUCGUCCGGCUGCUGCGCUCGCUGCGUCCUCAGAUUCUGCUGUGUCCGUCUUCAGGCUGUUUAUCGUCAGCCUCCACAGGGGACACUCGGGGAGCUCCAGGAUUUCAUCAAACCCCAAGAGUCCGCAGAGUCCACGGGAGAGAACAAGUCCCACGAUGCACCUGUGCCUCCUCAGACUCCUCAGUGUGCGGACCCACCGAGCAAGCGAGCCAAACUGGAGCCCAGUCAGCCAGAGGAGGGCGCUGCUGAGACGGUGCCCAGUGUGUGUGUGGUGUGUUUGGGAAUCCUCCAGGAACUCUGUGACACCACUCAGGCUCUGAAGAUUGCAGAGGCGGUGAAGAUGGAGAAGUACGAGUUUGACUCUCUGGUGCUGUCCGUGUCUCUGCCCGCUCAGCUGUGUGUCCGUGAGCACUCCUGCUGGCUGCAUGUGAAGAAGGAAGUGAGAGAGAAAGGCCUGCUGCUCGAUAAGGACGACGUCAUCCCGCUGAAGGAGGCCUUCAAGUGGAUCGUGCAGGGACCCAUCGCCAAGGAGCUGGGGGGCGUUUCCGUGGUUACCAAGAGUGCACUAGAGGUCGCUGUGGAGUUCACUCACCAACCUACAGACGCCGACUGUCACUUCCUUGCAUCAGCGUGUCCCGACUGCUUCAAACCCACCAAGAACAAACAGUCGGUGUUCACCAGGAUGGCCGUGGUCAAAGCUCUGGAGAAGAUCUCUGACGCCAAGUUCCUCAGACUCUUCGCCUGUCCUCCACCGCAGCCGUCCAGCUGCUGCGUCCCUCAGGGCGUCCACUGUCUCCACCUGUCCGUCUUCAUAGCAGGCAGGUACAACAAGUUCUGCCGCAGUCUGCCUCAGACUCCCUGGGUGAUCGAUGGAGAGCGGAGGAUGGAGUCGUCGGUGGAGGAGCUGAUCGCGGCCCCCGUCCUCUCCGCCUUCAGAGCCGAUGGUUUUAAUUUCUCGUCCUCUGGCAGGGAGGACGUGGACGUCCGAACCCUUGGAAACGGUCGUCCGUUUGCGAUGGAGCUGCUGAAUCCUCACAGAGCCAGACUGAACCAUGAGGAGAUGAAGCAGCUGCAACAGAGCAUUAACGUGUCGUCAGACAAAAUCAGAGUGAGAGACCUGCAGAUAGUUUCCAGAGAGGCCAUGAGCCGGAUGAAGGAGGGCGAGGAGGAGAAAACAAAGUCGUACACGGCUCUGAUCUGGACCAGGAAACCGAUCAAGAGUGAAGACAUCGCAUUCAUCAGUGACAUCAAGGAGCUGACACUGGAUCAGAAAACUCCUCUGAGAGUUUUGCACCGUCGAGCGCUCGCUGUGCGUCAGCGCGUCGUCCACAGCAUGAACGUCCGCUUCAUGGACGCUCAUCACUUCCACCUGGAGCUGAAGACACAGGCCGGGACUUACAUCAAAGAGUUUGUCCACGGAGACUUCGGCCGAACUAAACCCAACCUGUGUGAGCUGCUGAAGACGGACACCGACAUCCUGGAGCUGGACGUGGAGUCUGUGGACGUGGAUUGGCCUCCUGCGAUUCCAGAGUGAACCCCGCCCUCAUUCCCGAGAGGCCGCCGCGGGUUCAGACCCGACAGAGACGCUGUCACGACGUCCAGCACAAAAUGGAAACACGCAGUCUCACAGUUCUGCUGCUCUGUAUUAGGAUCAGUGUUUCCUGAACUGUCCAGAAGAUGACGCACUUUUUAAAGACGGAAAACCAACGUGACCCAAAUCACGAUAGAAAUCUGUACAAGAGCAAGUUCUUUUGCAUAAUUUUCAACUGGUCAAUGAAGAAAAGAGUUUUGAACAUAAAUCUGAGCAAAAAUAUGGGGGAAAAUUCUGCCAAUUUUUUUUUCUCAUGAUCCAUGUGUGGGGUCACGACCCAGAAUGUGAGAACCACUGAUCUUAGAUAAUUUUGUUUUACGGGUUUGAAAUAUGAGUUAGCAGUGACCCACCAGGGGGCGACUGCACUGGUCUGAAUGGAAGUUUUAGUUUCUUCUUCUGAAAUAGAACAAAAAUGUUGGAGGAAAAUAAACAAUAAAAUUUACGACACUUGAGUUAUUGACAGCCAAAAUCAUCCAAUAAGAGCCUGGAUGCAGGUCAGUUUUACAAAAAAAACGGACACAGUGACCGUGACAUUGUGGAUGUUCGCACUUUUUUUUUAACUUUUUUAUUGAGGGAGGAGCCGAUCAAUCAAAAUUGACUUUUCAUGGUUGAAAAAUAUGCUUUUCCACCUGAAAUACGAGUUUUUCCUUCAGUUAUGUGUAAGAAAUUUAAGGCUGCCAUCAACUAUUUAGUCUGACAGGAAGUGAAACAGGAAGUUUUGCAUUGAAAGCCAGGGCUGUUUUUUAGGCCAACGGUUCUAUUGUUUUGUUUUUGUAUCAUCACCAUGUCUAUAGAACAUUUUUAUUAA